UGACUGCACUGGUGUGUGUGUGUCUUCCCCAGCCGGGCAAUUCUCCACAGUCCCUAUUUUCGGGUGGUCUGUCACUUUUCUUUUCUUCUUUCCUUCUUUCUUUCUUUCUGUCUAUUGCUCCUCAAGGGUAUUAUUUACUUUUGCAUCAUCAUUGCUGCCUGGUCAGCUCCUGUCGCUACCUAAGACGCAGCAUGAUCCGCGCCUAACCGAGUGUGUCUGAUUAUGCCUACAUUUCCGCUUCCCCCUACCACACCUGACCCGCCUGUUCACCAUGUCCAGCUCAACCGAGACCCUCGAUCCCAUCCGCUCCAAGGCCAGCUCCUCCGGCCCAGACUCCCACCCCGCUGACGACCACCUCGGCCAUGACGACGCCGACGAACGGCCGUUGACCGGCCACGUAAAUGACCCCAGCAGUGGAAAUGGAGGCGGAGGCGGAGGCGGGGGAGGCUCGCACCAAUGGGGGGUCUUAUUCAAAGCGAUCAAAGAGGGGACCUCGCAGCUCGCCGAGAAACUCGGCCGCAACCCGGACGGCGGCGAUGGGCUGGACUCGGCGUGGCACCCGGAGGAUUUUGGAUACCAGGAGGACAUCGAGAUGCGGGAGAUGCUGGCCCCGGGGGAAGGAGGCGGGGAGGAUUCGUAUGCCAGCCAGUUGCAGUCUUUGCUGGGGGCAGAUGCGAGUUUGUUGGUGAGUAAGCUGGGGCUGGGGAGCGGACAGGGGAUGCAUCAUCGCACGGCGGAGGAGGCGGCGGCGGAGAAGGAGGCGGAUAUGGUCGGGGGGGUGUUAUGGCAUCUGCUGGGCCAUCAGAUGGGCCAUGAUCCUGAGCAGCCCCAGCCCAUUUCAGGGGCGACGACCCCGGCGGCGCAGGAUGAGGAGGACGCCCUGGGACCCCUGCCGAGCGAGGUGGUGCGCAAACGGCGGAAGAAGAAGUGGUACGACGAGGCGGAUCGGGAUCCGCGGAGUGCGAAGGAGCGCAAGAAGGCGCGCGAGGCGCGGCUGGCGGAGAAGAUCGGCUCGUUGCUCACGCGCCAGCGGUAUCUGAUGCAGCUGUGUCGCGUGAUGAUGAAGUGCGGCGCCCCGACCCAUCGGCUGGAGGAGUACAUGCAGAUGUCGGCCUUUGCGCUGCGCGUCCACGGCCAGUUCCUGUACAUCCCGGGGUGUAUGAUCAUCUCCUUCGAUGACCCGCUGACGCGCACCGCGGAGGUGAAGCUGGUGCGCAUCAUCCAGGGGUGUAAUCUCGGCCGGCUGGGCGAGGUGCACAACUGCUACAAGAAUGUCCUGCACGGGAAGCUGUCGGCGGCGGAGGCGCUGCCGGUGCUGGACGACAUCCUGACGCGGCAGAGCAAGUGGCGCACCCCGUGGAUGAUGGUCCUGGUGGCCGGCUUCAUCAGCGUGGCGGUCGGUCCCUGGGCGUUUGGCGCGCGGCCCAUCGACAUGCCCAUCAUCUUCGUGCUGGGCUUGCUGAUGGGGUUCAUGCAGUACAUCCUGGCCCCGCGGUCAGCGCUGUACUCGAACGUGAUGGAGGUGACGGUGGCGAUGCUGAUCUCCUUCCUGGCGCGCGCCUUUGGCAGCAUCCGCCACAACGGCGAGUAUCUGUUCUGCUUCCCCGCCAUGACGCAGUCGGCCAUCGCGCUGAUCCUGCCGGGGUACUCGGUGCUGUGCAGCAGUCUGGAGCUGCAGUCGCAUCAGAUUACGGCUGGGUCGAUUCGACUGGUGUACACGAUCAUCUACUCGCUGUUCCUGGGGUACGGGGUGACGGUGGGGCUGACGAUUUAUGGGUUGAUGGACGACCACGCAACGGAGCAGACCUCGUGCACGGCGUCGAGCCAGCUGAUCUACGGGAAUACGUAUGUGCAGCACUUUGUCUUCCAGAUUAUUUACGUGGCGUUCGCAGGGAUUGUCAGCCAGGCCCGUCUGCGCCAGCUGCCCUUCAUGUGCGUGCUGGGGUUGUCGGGGUACGUGGCCAACUACUUCGCCACAACGUACCUGAGCAGCCAGAUGGCCAGCAUCAUCGGCUCCUUCACCAUCGGGCUGCUGGCGAAUCUGUACAGUCGGGUGUGGCACGGCCACGCGGCAGCGGUGAUUGUGCCGGGCAUGUGGACGCUGGUGUCGUCCGGGUUGGCGAGCAGUGGAUCGAUCGUGGCGGGGCUGCAGUACGCCAGGGCCGUGAAGGAGGGGACGACCAAUACCUCGUCGAACCAGAUGGUCGAGUCGUUGCUGAGUCUGGGGGUGAGCAUGGUGCAGACCGCGCUGGGGAUCACGGUGGGGCUGUUCCUGUCGGCCUUGGUGGUGUACCCCGGGGGGAAGCGCCAGGGGGGGUUGUUCAAUUUGUAGCAUUGGCGUUUUGCAUCUCUCUCAUCCUGCCCGGUUUGCAUGGAUAUUCUAGCAUUGCGGUCUAUCGUUGUGGUUUGCGGUUUGCAUCUAACU